AAAGAGAUCCCGGUAAUGCUGGAGCACCAGAAAAAGGUCCUAAAGAAAAGACACACCAAGAAUACUGUCCUCAGGAGAGCCAAGAGAAGAUGGGCACCCAUUCCUUGCUCCAUGCAAGAGAAUUCCUUGGGUCCCUUCCCAUUGUUUCUUCAGCAGGUUCAGUCUGAUGCAGCCCAGAAUUACACCGUCUUAUACUCAAUAAGUGGGCGUGGAGUUGAUCAAGAACCAUUGAAUUUGUUUUUCAUAGAGAGAGACACUGGGAAUCUGUUCUGUACCCGGCCUGUGGAUCGUGAGGAAUAUGACGUUUUUGAUCUGAUUGCCUAUGCGUCCACGGCGGAUGGCUAUUCAGCAGACCUACCGCUGCCACUGCCCAUCAAAGUAGAGGAUGAAAAUGACAAUUACCCUCUUUUUACAGAAGCGAUUUAUAAUUUUGAGGUUCCAGAAAGCAGUAGACUUGGUACUGUGGUGGGAGUGGUUUGUGCUACGGAUAAAGAUGAACCUGACACGAUGCACACGCGCCUCAAAUACAGCAUCUUGGAGCAGAACCCACGAUCACCUGGGCUCUUCUCUGUCCAUCCCGACACCGGCGUCAUCACCACUGUCUCUCACUACAUGGACAGAGAGGUUGUGGACAAGUACACACUGAUAAUGAAAGUUCAAGACAUGAAUGGUCAAUUUUUUGGACUGAUCAGUACAUCAACUUGUAUCAUAACAGUGCAGGAUUCGAACGACAAUGCACCCACGUUCAGACAAAAUGCUUAUGAAACCACUGUGGAGGAAAACACAUACAAUGUGGAAAUCCUGCGCAUCCCUGUGGAUGACAAGGACUUGGUUAAGAGUGCCAACUGGAAGGCAAAUUUUACCAUCUUAAAAGGGAAUGAAAACGGGCGCUUCAAAAUCACAACGGACUCAGUGACUAAUGAGGGUGUUCUGUGUGUUGUGAAGCCCUUGGAUUAUGAAGAAAAUCGUCAGGUGACCCUAGAGAUCGGUGUGAACAACGAAGCUCCAUUUAUCAGAGACGUUGCAAGCCGAGUACCCACUAUGAACCGGGCCUUGGUUACAGUUCAUGUGAGAGACCAGGAUGAGGGGCCAGAAUGCAGCCCCCCUGAACAAUAUGUGCGGAUCAAAGAAAACUCAGCCGUGGGAUCCAAGAUCAAUGGCUAUAAGGCCUAUGAUCCUGAAACCAAGAACAGCAAUGGCUUAAGAUACAAAAAAUUGCAGGAUCCUAAAGAAUGGGUCAGCAUUGAAGAAGUUUCAGGUCUGCUGACAAUAUCAAAAACCCUAGACAGAGAAUCCAUGGCUCCAAGAAAUGACUUGUAUAAUAUUACGGUCAUGGCAAUAGACCAAGGUAACAAAUCAUGCACAGGAACACUUGCAGUGAACAUCGAGGAUGUGAAUGACAAUGCUCCAGAAAUACUUCAAGAUUAUCUUGUCAUCUGCAAGCCAAAGAUGGGGUAUACGGACAUUUCGGCUGUCGAUCCUGAUGAGCCUGUCCAUGGUCCUCCCUUUCGCUUCAACUUGGCAAGCUCUUCUCCUGAAGUCAACAGAAUCUGGACCCUCAACCCAGUUAAUGAUACAGCCGCCCGCUUGUCCUAUCGGAAAAACGCUGAUGUUCAAGAAUACGCUGUUCCCGUCACUGUACAAGACAGAGCAGGCCAAUCCACAACCAAAGUCUUGCGAGUUAACCUGUGUGAUUGUACUCAUCCGAGCCAGUGUACGGCCAGGUCAAGGAGUGUAGGGGUCUCCUUGGGGAAGUGGGCCAUCCUUGCCAUCCUGCUGGGCAUCGCACUGCUGUUUUCGGUACUGCUAACUUUAGUAUGUAGUGUUGUCACUGCCCGGAAAGGAAAACAUUUUCCUGAAGAUUUAGCACAGCAAAACUUAAUUAUAUCCAACACUGAAGCACCUGGAGAUGACAGGGUGUGCUCUGCCAACGGAUUCACCACCCAGACCGCCAACAACUCCAGCCAAGGCUUCUGUGGCACCAUGAGAAACGGUGGGCAGGAGACAUAUGAGAUGAAAGGACACCAGACCUUAGACUCCUGCCGCGUGGCCGGCCAUCACCACACCCUGGAUUCCGGCAGAGGAGGACACGUGGAGACUGACAACUGCAGAUACACUUACUCCGAGUGGCACAGUUUCACUCAGCCCCGGCUUGGCGAAAAAUUGCACGCGUGUAAUCAGAAUGAAGAGCACAUCCCAUCCCAAGACUAUGUCCUCACCUAUAACUACGAAGGCAGGGGAUCUCCAGCAGGUUCUGUAGGCUGCUGCAGCGAAAAGCAGGAAGAAGAGGGACUGGACUUUUUAAAUAACUUGGAACCCAAAUUUCUUACAUUGGCAGAAACAUGCACAAAGAGAUAA